CAACUCGAAACAUCCACGUAUCUUCCUCUUUCAAUUUCCCAUAUUUAUUCAAACCCACAGCAAAAAACAAUGGAACAAAACAGGGACUCUCGUGAGCUGCAUCUUCAUCAACAUCUUCAACAACAACCUCCCAACUCAAUCUCCCACUCUUUUCCAUCUGGGUCUGGACUUGGAGAACAUGAGGUCGUUUUGUAUCCUCAAUCUUUGGCUUAUGUGGAAAAUUUUCUUCGUCCGCUCAUACGAGAGGAGGUGGAGGCGAAAGUUAAGGCUCACAUUAAGCGGUUCACCUGCCAAUCAUGUUCUAAGUCAAGUACCCGUCUAAAAGACGUUGCUGAAGAUGAUGCAGUUAUAGUUGGUGGUGGUGGUGGAUUUGGAAAGACGAAUAAUCUAAAGUUACGUUUCGUGAACAAGAUUCCGUCCACCAUCUUCACCACCAAUGACAUCGAGGCCGAGAACGGUGAGGAACUGCAAGUUGGACUAUUUGAUAUUGCCGCCAAUUAUUACAUCGUUGAUGCCACACAUCCUUUGUCAUCGGCGUUGAUUGAGGUCGUCGUCCUCGAUGGAGAAUUCGAUGACGAGGAGGUGAUAACUCGCUCAGAUUUUUACAAAAGUGUUGUGUCUCAAAGGCUGGGAGAACGACCUUUGUUGGUUGGAGAUGGGAAAAGGUUUCGCUUGAAAAAUGGAGUUUCUUCCAUCACCAAUGUGUUCUUCACUAGAAAUUCAAGCAGGACACGGACUAAGAACAUUCGUUUGGGAUUAAGAGUUAUACAUGACUCCAACGACAACUGCCCCACAAUUCAACACGCUGUGUCUAACCCUUUUAGAGUGAAAGAUCACCGAGUCCAACUGAACAAGAAACACCACCCUCCGAGAGGAGAAGACGAAGUAUGGAGAUUGGAAGGGAUCGGGCGAAAUGGCGAAUAUCACAAGCGCUUAUCUUCCGAAGGUAUCCUAACCGUGGAUAGUUUUGUGAAGGCUCAUCAAAGGGACUAUCGUUCUCUAAGAAAGUUGCUAGGUAAUAGACUUUCAGACAAGAAGUGGAAGGCAAUGGUGAAUCAUGCUUUGGAAAUAUGUUCCUACCAUCAUCCCACUUCUGAUCCAACUAGCUUUGGAGGUUUCUUUCUCUUCAAUCUCCUUCCCAUCAUAUAUGCAAAAUAA